GACUGUACCGCAUGAGCUCUCACAAUGUAUCAAAGAGCCUAUACAAGCUAUAUGUUUUGUACGUGAAAGUUAAAUGUACAAAAACUGUCAGAAAUGGCAACACUGAACCCCAACAACCAGCAACAAGUGGACAAGAGAAUAAUAGGAUUUGAUUGUGAAUUUGUGGAAUCUCCACCAGAACGAUACAUCCAGUCACAGUGCCCAAUUUGUCUCCAGAUCAUUCGAGAGCCCCAUCAGGUCACAUGCUGUGGAAAGAAGUUUUGUAAAGCUUGUAUUGAACAUAACAAAGCAAUUAAAAAGCCAUGCCCAACUUGUAACGAGGAAUUUUCGAGUUUUGCCGACAAAAGUUCGAAACAAUCACUCUACAGUUUAAAAGUUCGCUGUAGCCACCAGAAAGACGGGUGUGAGUGGACGGGGGAACUGAGACAGCUUGACAAACAUCUCAACACAGAUCCACAGCCAGAGAAACAACUCAAUGGAUGUCAGUUUGUUGAGAUCAAUUGCAUCUAUAAUUGCGGGAACCAUCAGCAGCGAAGGUAUAUUCAAAACCACCAAAUUAAGGAUUGUCCCAAACGUCCAUUCGGUUGUGAGCACUGCCAUGAUUACAAGUCUACCUAUGAUGAUGUCACCAACAACCACUGGCCGGUGUGUGGAUCCUUCCCUGUCCCCUGCCCUAAUCAGUGUGGUUCAACUAUCCAACGUCAUAAUAAUUAUAGACAUCCAUGUUGCUGAUGAGUGCCCCCUGACCACCAUCAACUGUGACUUCCACCACGUAGGCUGUGCUGUGAAACUCCCUCGACAAGACAUGCUAGAACACCUGAGAGAGAACCUACUCACACACAUCUCUCUAUUGGCCACCAGUCAUGCCAAGCAACAAGCUGAGAUAACAAAUUUGAAAGCUGAGAAUGAUACUUUAAAAAGGAAACAUGAAAACUUCGGGCACAAUUACCAAUAUCUGGAAGCUGAAAAUAGAAGACUUAAAACUAAAUUUGAACCAAUGCAACAACUGCUCAAGACUGCACCUCCCAUCGUGAAGUCUAGACCUCUUGGUCCACCUGUCCUUACAAUGACCAACUUCCAACAGCACAAGAGAGAUGGUGAUGAGUGGUUCUCCCCUCCAGUCUACACCCACCAUCAGGGCUACAAGAUCUCUCUUAAAGUGUACGCUAACGGCUGUAGCACUGGUAAAGGAACACACGUCUCUGUGGGUGUGUACUUCAUGAGAGGAGAGUUUGACGAUUCAUUGAAAUGGCUAUUUCGUGGUGUGAUUUCAUGGCAACUACUGGACCAGGUCAAUGGCAAGGAUCAUAGCACCCACACCGUACCGUAUAGUGACAAAACACCUAACACGUACUGCAACAGAGUGACGAAGGGAGAGAGAUCAAAGAAUGGGCGGGGACUUCAAAAGUUCAUUGCUCACUCUGAACUGGAGCCCAAGUAUUUACGAAAUGAUACCCUUCUCUUCCAAAUACACAAAAUAGAACUGAAAAAAUAGUUUCACAAACUUACAUACAUUGCUAUUUGUACUAGACAUGUAUAUAUAUGGUGAACAUCAUGGCUGUUGAUUAUUGUUUGCUAUAGAAGUAGUGAAAUUCAUGUAGAUGACGAACGCUUCAGGAAGAACUUAUUAAGGGCA